AUGGUUAAAAGCUUUCCGCAUGGGGAUUUAAAUCGGGCCGAGUUGAUUGAGGAUGUCUUGAUUGAGGAUGUCUUGAUUGAGGAUGUCUUGAUUGAGGAUGUCGGCAAGUUCAUUCGAUCAGCCCAGAUCUUCUGCAAAUUCGUAGUUGGAGGUAUGAAUUAUAAUCCCGAGAAGCGUCGGCGCCGGAUGGUCAAUUUCCCCGCGGCCGUACGCACCCUCCCCGGACCCCGUCAGCAGAAAAGCCGCGCUUCGUUUGUUGUCAAAACUCACCCGAUGUUCGAGAUCAAGAUCAAGAACUUUUCGUUGUAA